AUGAACCGGAUCGCGGUCCUGCAUCUGCCCGCCCAAGUACAAGGGCGCCCACUGCACGACCAAUGCGCCCAGGUGGGACCAAAAUUGGCGUCUACCCGAAGUGCGCCGUCAGUCCUGAUCCCCGCCAUGCGAUGGCGCGAAAAGACCAAAUCACAGAUCCGCUCCCACCUCGUCAUCAUCCUGGGCGCGUGCGGGUUUCUGGCCGUCGUCGCGCUGGCCAUGGCCUACGUGCACUACCGCCGGAAAAAGGCCAAAACCCAGAAG